AUGUCCGCGCUCAAGAACCGAUACACCUCUCAAGGCUUCGUGAUCGUCCCCGAUCUCGUUUCACCGUCUGAUCUCCCUCUACUGCGAGCAGCGUGUGAAGACGUCGUGGAACGUACGCGGCGCGGGCAUUGGGCGCUCCGCCGAACGGUUGGGAAACAGUUCCCGCCGUAUGAUGCGGAUAACGAUGACUCUUGGGGCGUGCAGAUGCUCAUGCACCCCGAGCUGGGACAUCCUAUCUUCGCACAGUGGUACACAUCCGAUGCUCUGACUGAUGUGGUGAAAGAACUGCUAGGCUGCGAAGAAGGGGAUCUGCAGAUGGAGCUGUUCAACCUGUUGAUCAAUCCCGUCUCGCGUGAUUUUGCUCUGAGGUGGCAUCGGGAUGACGUGAAGGGAGACGCUAGUUUCGAAGAAGAAAAGGCGGCGUUGGCUCUCUGGAACCACGGGGUCCAAUGGAACACCGCACUGUACGAAGAUGCCUGUCUUUAUGUUGUUCCGGGUUCGCACAGCGUCCCACGAACUCCCGAACACCGAAUGCACUCUACCACGAUGGAUGCACCUGUAAAUCCAUUCGACAUGCCCGGUGCUGCCACUGUGAUAUUGAAACCCGGAGACACCGUCUUCUACAAUAACAAUAUCCUUCAUCUCGGUACGUACAGCUCCAAAGCUAAACGUGCUACGCUUCACGCUUCUAUGGGGGACGUCCGCGGCGGUUCCGUGCGUGCUCGCAACGUGCUCCAACAUGAGUUGAGUUGGAUGAAAGAGAAUAUCUUCCGUGAUGGUUUGACCGAUAAGGGAAAGGCGAUGCUUGACCGACUGAUUGAAACGCAGAAGAAGAAUGAAGGUAUUACGAUUGGAUAUUCUUUGGAUAACUAAAUCGACCGCAGGCGUCGUCUCCAAAAUUCAUAGCAUGUACAACAGACGACAAUCCUACACGUGUG